CAACAAAAAUAAAUUUGUGGACAACAAGCCAGAGUGCAUGAUGGCGGCGUCGCUGCUGCGCCGGGACAAGAAAGCUACUGCCGCCCACUUGAAGGCAGACUUGAAUCGGACUGACAAUAGCUCCGGGGUGCGACAACUUCAGGAUCUGCUCGACUCUGUCCUAAAUCCUGAGAAACCAGCGGCGGACACAGAGGCUCUGGACUGGUGUAAAUGUCUGAUUGCAGGAGGCGAAGGUUUCGAGGAGUUCUGCAAAACGGUCCGGUCCUAUGACAACGCUACUCUGUGCGGACUGGUUUGGACGGCUAAUUUCGUGGCGUAUCGAUGCCGGACCUGUGGAAUCUCCCCGUGCAUGUCACUGUGUGCUGAGUGCUUCAAUAACGGAGACCACACGGGCCAUGAUUUCAACAUGUUCAGGAGCCAGGCUGGUGGGGCCUGUGACUGUGGAGACAGUAAUGUCAUGCGAGAGACUGGGUUUUGCAGACGGCAUCGGUUGAGAACAGGGGAGAAUGUCCCCUCAAUACCUCGAGACCUCCUUUUGAUGUCUGAGAUGGUUCUUCCUCGCUUUAUCCUGUGUAUCAUCCAGUAUCUGAGAGAUGGGUACAUUGAAUCAGACACCUCAACUGAGAGAGAUCUACAGAAAGUCCUGCAGCAUCUGGAACCCCAGAUCUCCUUCCUGGAGGAGCUCACCAAGAUGGGAGGUGCAAUGAGGACUGUACUGACAAAAAUCCUGACCAAUCAGCAAACAUUCAAGGAGUUGAGCAUGGGCAAGGAGGAGAAUUUGUUUGCUAAAAAGAACUAUGACAAGUAUUUGUCGGCCUUGAAGAAUUCAGGUCUGGUUUCUGUGGAGGAAAAAGCCCAAGGUGCUACUGCUGAUGUCGCUUUAGGUGCUGAAGGGGGUGCAGGGGCUAUGGUCCUAUUGGGAAAUGCCGCACCAGGGAGCCCAGAUGAUUCUAAUAAAGAGGAGGACCAAGAUGCAGGGCAGUCUGUUGGGCAGAGGAAGAGGGUAAAGCUGAGCAGCAGUACCAAAGACCCGUGUAUUAUUGAAUCUCUGAAGCAUAAAUGCUUUCUGGAGGAGUUGCUGUUCUGGACAAUAAAAUAUGAGUUUCCUCAGAAGAUGGUUACCUUCCUACUCAACAUGUUGCCAGAUCAAGAUUACAAGAUCACUUUUACAAAAACAUUUGUUCAGCAUUAUGCAUUCAUCAUGAAAACACUGAUGAAAAGCCACGAGUCAGAUACCAUGUCCAACCGCAUUGUACAUAUUAGUGUGCAGCUGUUUAGCAACGAGGAGCUGGCUCGACACGUGACGGAGGAGUGUCAGCUGUUGGACAUCAUGGUCACAGUCCUCUUGUACAUGAUGGAGAGUUGCCUUAUUAAAAGUGAACUUCAGGACGAAGAGAACAGUCGCCAUGUUGUGGUGAACUGCAGCGAGGCUCUGUUGAAGAACAACACCUACUGGCCGUUAGUUAGUGAUUUUAUUAACAUCCUCUCACACCAAAGUGUCGCCAAAAAGUUCCUGGAGGACCAUUCCUUGUUGAUGCUGUGGAUGAGCUUUGUGUCAUUUUUUCAAGGUAUGAACCUGAAUAAGCGCGAGUUGAAUGAACAUGUGGAGUUUGAGUCUCAGACAUACUAUGCAGCGUUUGCAGCAGAGCUCGAGGCCUGCGCACAACCAAUGUGGGGUCUCUUAACACACUGCAAAGUCAAAGAGACACAGGAAUAUACUAAAACGGUGGUGCGCUACUGCUUGGAGACCCUGCAGAUCUGGUUUGAUGCCAUUGGCUUCACUGACGAGCCCGCUCCAAAUCAAGUGACAUUUCAUCUGCCACUGCACCGCUACUAUGCCAUGUUCCUCAGUAAGGCUGUGAAGUGCCAAGGCCUGGAUCUGGACAGCCUCCUGCCUGACCAAGAGAUGCUGAUGAAGAUCAUGGUGCAUCCACUCCAAAUCCAGGCAAGCCUGUCAGAGAUCCACAGCAACAUGUGGGUCAGGAACGGUCUGCAGAUCAAGGGGCAGGCUAUGACCUACGUGCAGUCCCACUUCUGCAACUCCAUGAUCGACCCAGACAUCUAUCUGCUCCAGGUCUGUGCAUCAAGACUGGAUCCUGACUACUUCAUCUCAAGUGUUUUUGAGAGGUUCAAAGUGGUCGACCUGUUGACCAUGGCGUCUCAGCAUCAGAACGCUGUACUGGACUCUGAGCAGGAGAGGCCGAUGCUUGAAGGAGCGCUCACCUUCCUCGUCAUAUUGACAAGCCUUCGCGUUCAUUUGGGGAUGACGGACGAUGAGAUUCUGCGGGCGGAGAUGGUUUCACAGUUGUGUAUGAACGACCGUACACACAGCGCACUGUUAGACCUUAUCCCUGAGAAUCCCAACCCAAAGAGUGGCAUUGUACCAGGGAGUUGUAGUUUUGAGGAGAUGCUCUCUGCUGUGGCUGACUUCAAGGCACCGGUGUUCGAGCCUGGAGGCUCCAUGCAGCAGGGCAUGUACACGCCAAAAGCGGAGGUGUGGGAAAAGGAGUUUGACCCCAUCAUGGUCGUUCUCAGAACGGUGUAUCGGCGAGACGUCCAAUCUGCAAUGGACAGAUACUCAGCAUUUUUAAAACAGGCUGGCAUGCACACUGGCAACCCAUGGCCACCUUAUAAGGAGAGGACUCCACUGCAUCCGUGUUACAAAGGCCUUAUCAAGCUGCUGCACUGCAAGACGCUGCACAUUGUCAUAUUCACUCUCCUCUACAAGAUCUGGAUGGAUCAUCAGAACAUGUCGGAGCAUGUGCUGUGCAUGGUGAUGUACCUGAUCGAGCUGGGUUUGGACAACCAGCUUCAAGACAACAAGCAGGAAGAGGAGCCUUGCAUUGAGGAGCACUGCCAUGACAGCUGGUUUCCCGGCACAAACCUCCUUUCCAACCUGCACCAUGUCAUCAACUUUGUCAGGGUCCGGGUUCCUGAGACGGCUCCUGAAGUGAAGAGAGAGGCCCCUCCCAGCACCAGCACUGAGGCUUCUUCAUAUGGCCAGGACUCCCGGCGUCUUACAGGGAAUUGGAGAGAGAACCUGCGUGAAGCUCAGGUGUUCAGCCUUGUAACGGAGCGGAGGAGGAAGUUCCAGGAGAUAAUCAACCGCAGCAACACUGAAGCCGCCCAGGUCGUCAGGCCCAAGAGCUCCUCCACACGCUGGGUCCCACCAGGCACCCCCCCUCAGCUGGUGACAGAGAUCCUGGAGAUCCGAGAGAGCAUGCUGUCCCUGCUCAUCAAGCUCCACCAGAAGCUAUCGUCCAAGCAGAACUCUCUGUCGGCGUCCUGGCUGGACGAUAUGGACACGAGCCGCCACACUCACGGAGAUGGCAUUACAGCCAUCGAGCGCAUCCUCACCAAGGCAGCCGCGCGCAGCUGCCAAAUCAAGCGGAGCAUCCAGGACAUUUGUGGAAAGACGUGUCCUCCUGUGCCACCAAAGAAGAACAGUCCAUCUGACAAGAAAACCAUGGAUAAGGAAGAGAGACGUCAAAGGGCCAGGGAGCGACAGCAGAAGCUCCUUGCUGAAUUUGCCUCCAGGCAGAAGAGCUUCAUGGAAACGGCCAUGGAUGUCGAAUCCCCUGAAACCGAGGCAGCCAUGGACUUAGGAGCGUCUGAAGUGAUGGAGUCCGAGGUUCUUUAUGACUGCGUGAUCUGUGGCCAGAGCGGACCGUCCACUGAGGACAGACCCACUGGUCUUGUAGUUCUCCUCCAAGCAUCCUCAGUGCUCGGGCACCGAUGCAAAAACGAAGAGGCUAAGAAGCUACCGACGAGUGAUGAAGAGCAUAUCUACGCUGCAGACACGUGUGGAGUGGCUCAUGAUGUCAUGCUCACGCUCAUGCAACGAUUCUUCAAAGAUAGCUCUUGUCUGCAGUCGGUGUCGAUAGGUUGGGACGGGGGCGUCUACGUUCAGACCUGUGGACACACUCUGCAUAUAGAUUGCCACAAGUCAUACAUGGAGUCUCUGAGGAAUGACCAGGUCCUGCAGGGCUUCUCUGUGGACAAGGGUGAAUUUACGUGCCCACUGUGUCGACAGUUUGCCAAUAGUGUCCUUCCCUGUCGCCCCGGGCGGGGCACAGAGGCUGGUGCCUGGCACACACCCACAAGCAAGACGACGUUAGUGCUGGUCAAGGAGGUGGAAGAUCUUCAGGAGAGACUUGCACUUUUCCCAACGGAGUCCAACUUGAGUAAAGAGAUGGAGCUGGUUAUUAAAGACAUCAAGAAUACCACUCAGAGGAAAUACAUGGACUAUGGCAAGAACCCCGGUUCCCCUGAUAAUGAUUUCCUCUUCAUGUACUCUGUGGCAAGGACCAACCUGGAGUUGGAACUUGUGCAUCGGGGAGGAAACCUGUGUUCUGGAGGUGCCAGUGCAGCCGCCAAACGCUCCUGCCUCAAUCAGCUGUUCCAUGUGCUGGCUAUGCACAUGCGUCUGUACAGCAUAGAUUCCGCCUACAACCCCUGGACAAAGCUGACUCAGGUUAUAGAAAGCAGAGAGGCAGAUGAUUUUGAUGAUGAAGAAAGACCUGAGGUACCUAUGCUGUUUCGAGAUGUCCCAUCCCUCCUGAUCAUCUUUGUGCUAACAAUGCCCCAGCCUCUGCGAAAAGAGCACUUCACCUGUGUGGUGAAGAUGCUUUACAACCUGCAGUUCACCCAGGCUCUCGCUGCUCUCUCAACCAAGUUCAGCCCAGAAGAGAGGCAGGCCUGGAGCACAUCUGGAGCGCUAAAGAAGAAUGCUGCAAAUGCCGAGACAUCCUUCGAGGCGCUGCUCAGUCACGUUAUCAGUGAGCUCUCUAAGGACAAGAGUGUGUUCAAGGUGAACACUGAAGAAACAUCAAUGCUGAUCUCCGGUGUGUGGUCUCCACAGUCGAUUGAGUUCAGCCUACAGCAGGUCUGCCUGCCCUUCCUGCGUCUGUCCUGCCUCCUGCAGCAUCACCUCUACGGAGACAACCUUUCCGGCUGCCUGGAAGAGGAGGAGUUCCCGUCCUUGGCUGUGUGUCUGGGGCUCUUAGCCUCAGUCCCUCAGCCCUCCAACAUCGCACACAGUGCCUCGUGUCUGAAGUGGGCGGUCGACGCCUUUGACUUGGUGACACAGUGGUGCGCUGAGGUCACAGGGCUCUCUCAGAUGCAGGCUGAGCAAUCAUUGUCCUUGCUUGUCCAGGAACCUCAGUGGGCAGCGCCCCGCCUUCUCCAGCUCCCCGACAACUACAAUAUCAUCUUCCAAUACUAUCACAGGAAGGCCUGCACUGCCUGCAAAAAAGUGCCAAAAGACCCCGCGCUCUGUCUGGUUUGUGGCGCCUUUGUCUGUCUCAAGGGCGUUUGCUGCAAACAGCAGGGUAUCUGUGAAUGUGUUUUGCACUCCCAACAUUGUGGCGCAGCUACAGGCAUCUUUCUCCUGAUAAAUGCCUCAGUCAUCAUCAUCAUCCGUGGACAUCGUUUCUGCCUGUGGGGUUCUGUUUACCUUGAUGCUCACGGAGAGGAGGACCGCGACUUACGCCGUGGCAAACCUCUCUUCUUGUGCGAGGAGAGGUAUCGAGUGUUGGAGCAACAGUGGGUUUCUCACACCUUUGAUCACAUCAAUAAGCGUUGGGGGCCUCACUAUAAUGGACUCUAAGAUCUUCCACAACAGCAACCCGUGGCGGAAGAAGACUUUUUUUUUUCCUGGCUUUUGUGUCUGACUCGAUCUAAAAUAUUUGGGAACUCUUAACGUGAUAAACACAAACAUCCCAGUGAGGGUACUGCUGCCACAGCCUUGGUUUAUGUGAAGUUUGGUGUACAAUCAUCCCUAAAGAUUAACACGUGUGUGUGUUUAAGUGAUUUAUUGUGUGGUUUUCAACAGGGAAAAACAGAAUUCGGUAAGAUCAAAGUGAAAAGCACAACUUUGCCCAGAAAUGAAAUUGGUGUGGAACAGGCUUUUGAAGCCCGUUGUAUUUAUUUGGGUUUAAAAAAAAAAAAAAAUCAACUGUUGAAUGUCCCUGCAAAUUCUGAUUACUUUUUGCACCAUUUAUGAUGAUGUUAAUGCAUAUCCCUUUUAUUUAUCAAAAUGUGCUCUGCUGUGCUGGCAUGAGUUUCAACUCCUGAUGAGUGUAGCGAUGUUAUUGCAAUGUGCACUCGUGUUCUACUGACAUGAGGGAGGGCGGGGCGAGUCCAACCAUCAACACACUAUAGAGUUUAUUUGCAAACGAGCAAAGACUCUUUUUAUGGGUCUUGUUGCAAUCCAUCCUCAGGAAUUUCUUUUUGGUUUUUGCUGUUUAAAAAUAUGUUUUAGAUAUUUAAAUAAAUGCUGCUGCUCAUUGUUCAGUAAUUUAAACUUUUGUGAAGACUUUUUUUUUCUAAGGUUGUGCUUUGAGUUUAUGAUAGAUGGCUGGGAAUGUUGACUCAAACUCACUUUAAUGUUUAAGGACGGUGUGCGGUCACCUCUUAUCACUUAUGAAGUCACUACCGAUGUUGUAGUUCUGCCCUAUCGCACAGCGCUUUUCCUUCCCGGUUAGCUCUAAGACAAAACUCUAUAGCCAGCGGAAACGCAUCUAAAGAUGCAACUGGUCAACGAAAAAUCUAAUAUUCAUUGUCCAAAAACCCUGAAGUCAAACUGCAUUUAUUUUUUAAUGAAAUGGCAUUGCACAGUUAUGGUGUCCUGCUGCUCUGGCAAAACUGAACACCACAUAAGAGCAGCAAUAUUUUAUUGGUCCUGUCCAAAUUUUCUCUUAAGAUACAAAACCACACGAUCCAUGAUCGAAAUGUCAAUUCUCCUCUUUUGUCUGUGCUGUCCAAAAAAGUUUUCCCUACUUUAGAUUGUUGAGUCCUGACUGCAGUACAGAGCAUUUAUUGUGAUGAUUAUCCCUUACUCGUGCAUCAUCUAGGUGUGAUUUAUAGUUGCAUUCCAACUUAACAAGAUUAUCAGAGUUGAGUUUCUGUUAUUCACCGUGCAUGACAUCCUUUAAGCCACCAUUAUUUAAGUGUCUUAGCUACUUAAUUUUCAGAUUAUCAUCUUUUCUUUUUCUCAGCGAAAGGAAAUUUAUCCAGUACGUGCCUGCGAGAUUAAUUUUCAGCACGCUGCUGAUAUCAAUGACGUCUGGUUAUGAAACGCGGGCCACAUUGUGCUGCAUCGAGGAAUCUUUACGGAACAGGUUAACACUUGAAAAACCUUCCUCUUGAAUUCAUGCAUGCUGCUUUUUCUGUUUACCAAGUUCCUCCCCCUCUUCUUUAUUUUGUUUUUCACACUUUGUAAAUGACCGCAACCAAAUAGCCAAUGAGUAGUGGGUGUACAUUGUAACUGAAAGCUCUUGUGUGUUCUCCGUAUGAAUGAAGCGAGAAUACAGUACAUUACUGUAGGUGCUGACUCGAGCUUUCUGAGGUUGACCAGAAAGUAUGACUUGGACAUUUAAUGCAAAAUGUAACAUAUGUGAAUAAAAUAUAAACACUGA